UUGGCGUCUCUGCCUCCGGAUCGGCGGCCGCGGCGCCAUCUUGGGCGUGCGGCCGGGUGUGCGGCUGGCGGUUGGCGUCCGCGACAGUGUCCUUCCCGACCCCGACUCCGUGGGCGGACGCUCACUGCAGAACGAGCUGUAGGGCUGGGUCCGGAGGGCGCGCGCUGAGAUGAUGCUGAGAGGAAACCUGAAGCAAGUGCGCAUCGAGAAGAACCCGGCGCGCCUCCGUGCCCUAGAGUCGGCGGCCGGCGAGGGCGAGCCGGCGGCCAUGGCGCUCGCGCUGCCCGGGGAGCCGCCCGCGCCCGCGCCCGCCGCGCCCGCCGAGGACCGGCCGGCCGAGGAGGGCGGCUUCACCAUCGACAUCAAGAGCUUCCUCAAGCCGGGCGAGAAGACGUACACGCAGCGCUGCCGCCUCUUCGUGGGGAACCUGCCGACGGACAUCACCGAGGACGACUUCAAGCGGCUGUUCGAGCGCUACGGCGAGCCCAGCGAGGUCUUCAUCAACCGCGACCGCGGCUUCGGCUUCAUCCGCCUGGAAUCCAGAACCCUGGCUGAAAUUGCAAAAGCAGAGCUGGAUGGCACCAUUUUGAAGAGCAGACCUCUGCGAAUUCGUUUUGCUACACAUGGAGCAGCCCUAACUGUCAAGAACCUUUCUCCAGUUGUUUCCAAUGAGCUCCUAGAGCAAGCGUUUUCUCAGUUCGGUCCAGUAGAGAAAGCUGUUGUUGUUGUGGAUGACCGUGGUAGAGCUACGGGGAAAGGUUUUGUAGAAUUUGCUGCAAAACCUCCUGCACGAAAGGCUCUGGAAAGAUGUGGUGAUGGGGCGUUCUUGCUAACAACGACCCCUCGUCCAGUCAUUGUGGAGCCUAUGGAGCAGUUUGAUGAUGAAGAUGGCUUGCCAGAGAAGCUAAUGCAGAAAACUCAACAGUAUCAUAAGGAAAGAGAGCAACCGCCCCGAUUUGCUCAACCUGGAACCUUUGAGUUUGAGUACGCGUCUCGGUGGAAAGCGCUCGAUGAAAUGGAGAAGCAGCAGCGUGAGCAGGUUGACAGAAACAUCAGAGAAGCCAAAGAGAAGCUGGAGGCGGAAAUGGAAGCAGCCAGGCACGAGCACCAGUUGAUGCUGAUGAGGCAAGAUUUAAUGAGGCGUCAGGAAGAACUCAGACGCUUGGAGGAACUAAGAAACCAAGAGCUGCAAAAACGGAAGCAAAUACAGCUAAGGCAUGAGGAAGAGCAUCGUCGUCGUGAAGAGGAAAUGAUCCGCCACCGGGAGCAGGAGGAACUGCGGCGGCAGCAGGAGGGCUUUAAGCCGAACUAUAUGGAAAACGGCGGGGAUGUCACCUUGGGGAAAAAAUCCUGGCUCAGCAUGAAAGGACAGCAUCCACGGACGUCCCUCCAGAUGGAUGGCUCUCACACUUUGGAGUGCCCUUGAAUCACCUGACAGGGCUCAUGAGAACACGGAUUUCUGGGCUGUGCCCCGGAGCUUCUUGGUGCAGCAGGUCUCAGGAGGGGCCAAACCGUUGCCGUUUCUGACAGGUUCCCGGGCCGUGCUGCUCUUGGGCCUGGUGCCCCGUUUGAGAAGGUCUGCUCUAAAGCGUUGCUCAGGAGGCACGGAGCCGUGUGGGUCGGUGGAUUUCAGCUGGUCCCGGUCCCGUCCCCGUCCCUCUUCUGCAGGACCCCCGGCCAGUCACGGAGCAGAGCAGCCCAAGCCGAGGGCUUCCUGCUGCUGCAAAAAGUCUGUGGUGUCACGGCUCGUCCGUGCUGUGUUUUGCACCCGAGGUGUGUGUACUGUGUAAUGCUUUUCUCUUGAGCUGGGAUUUUACUGUUAUGUUCUCAAACGUAGUGAAUUCAAGCGAAGAGGGAAUAUAGAGAACUUGAAAAACAAUGUGUUUGGGAAACUUGUUGAAGGCUUUGCACCUGACUGGUUUCCGUCUCCCUCGUCCUGGUGAGACGGGGGCAGUGUGGUAGGGUAUUUGCGCACGCUCGUCCCGGGGGGCACACAUCUUGGUAAAGGGGAACAGAAGGACACCGCACUGAGGUAUUACAGUGGCAGCCAGACGUCUUUGUGGGAGCUCAUCAUGUGUUUUUCUAGUCAGAAGUUAAGGAAGUGGUAAAUGUACUAUAUUUUUAAAUGUGAUUUCUCUUGCUUUGCAGCUUCGAUUUUCACACGUACUUUUAGAAAGUGAUGCCCACCUGAGUUCAGUAAAGGGGAAUUGUUAACAAGUCUGGAGGUAGUUCGAACCUGCCUCGUGAGGCCUCCCGGAGACGUGCGUUGUGUGUGUGUGCUUGAAAGUCUCUUCAGAGUCAUGUACGGUACAUUGACACAAGAAAAGCGGUCCGUAACGAAAGCACGGAGUUGCUGUGUUGACAGUCAUUUCCUUCCCCAGCGUUUUGACGCGUAGCGCAAAGAAACCGGCCCCUGGCUUGCGACCUUGAACUCUCGCAGGAGGCGGUGUCGAGGGCGCGGGGGAGCCUUGUCUGAAGACGUGUCCUCCCUGCGACCCCGCGGCGCAGGGCACCUCCUCCUGCUUCCCACAGACGCAGCUUGCCCAGGAGGCCACCCUGACCGAGCCGUUCUCGGUGUUCCUGAACUCCAAGUGGCGGGGGGCUCUGGUCCGCACGUCCUCUCCACUCACAGCCCCUCCCUCGUUUUGGUUGAGGAUUCGGGUCCCUUGGCUCCUGGGGAGUCCGGGACUUGAGACUCGGCCGCCAGCUCCUCACCUUUUCCGUAGGCCUUCUUAUGCAGACUGGGAGAGUAAAGCUUUGUUUCAUCCGUCCUGUAAAAUGAAAUUUUGUGGCUAGA